AUUAAUUGUCAAUUUAACUCCGCGAUGUCCAAUCAGAAUGAAUUUCUCGCCAUGUGCCCGCAUGUAAAAGGAAAGCAUGGAAAUUUCUCGAAAAAAAAGAAACCACCACAUUUUCUAGAAAAACCGCAGUAUACAAAAGACCAGAAAAAAACAAAGUAAAAAAAUAUUUAAUUAAAAAUAGUUACACCAAAUUUACUUUCAAAAAGCGAAGAAGACACACAUAUUCUUCGACUCUUCGGUACUCUCUAUACUUCUCCAAUUCUCUUUCUCAAGUCACAAGCUCAUUUCCCCCACCUCGAAACAACAAGAGAUACUUGGUGUCAGCUUGGUGUGUGCUGCUUUCCGCGCGGGCAAAACAUAUUCGAGUUUUACAGCUGUUUCCCAGUCGUCACCAGACCGUCGUUGAGGUCUGGUAUGCAAACCACAACGACAAAAAAAAAAAAAGAAAAAAAAUUUUUUCCCUUUUUUUCUUACAAAAAUGGUGUUCAUUUCUUUACGCUUAAAACACAGGACUCACACCUGAUUUUUGUGUAGUGUCCAAAAAGAUAAAAAAAUAUAAAAUAAAACCAAAAAAGAAAAAUGUGCCUUUCACACACAAGUGUUGUUCCCACGCUUUUAAAAUUUACCAGUGCCACAUUCUUUUAUAGUAAAUAAAAUAAAAUAAAAAAAGAGAGAAAUUCUCCAAUUUAAAAAUCCUCCACAUAGAUGUCGCGCUUGUUGUCACGUUUCAACCCCCGCGACACCCCACCUCUUCUCUCUCUAAACACGGACUACUAACCAGUAAAAUAUAUUGCCAGUUAAAAAUCGUCUAACUGAAAUGUUACUCCUAAGUUGUUGAUAGAUAGAUAGAUAGUUCUCGUCUUAAAAGUUAUUUUUGCUUGGUAACGUGAAUCCCGCAUGACGCGUGAAGGGUAUGCGAAUAACUAUUUUGUGUGGUCCGCAAAACGUUUUUGUGUCAGUGAACCGCUCGAAAAAGUUUCCAUCCUCGUCUAUUAUCCCAGUGGAUAACGGGGAUUCAAAUUUCAAAUUACCACCGUAACAUUGGGAAACGAAAAAGUUGACAUGGGACUCGCAGAUGCGGAUUUGAGUAUGGGAACAGGAGGGGCCGGUGGAUCAGUCUUGGGAAUCCCAGGAUCCGGAAUCGCGGGUGUUUUAUCACAACAUUGUGCAAUUUGCGGUGAUAGGGCCACCGGAAAACAUUAUGGCGCCGCAUCAUGUGAUGGAUGUAAAGGCUUUUUCCGGCGUUCAGUGAGAAAAAAUCAUCUCUAUACUUGCAGAUUCAGCAGGAACUGUGUGGUAGACAAGGACAAACGAAAUCAGUGCCGUUAUUGCAGAUUAAGGAAGUGUUUUAAAGCUGGAAUGAAGAAAGAAGCGGUGCAAAAUGAGCGCGACAGAAUAAGUUGUAGACGACCAAGCUACGAGGAGCAGGGAAAUAAUGGUGGUGGACUAUCCGUGGUGUCUCUAUUGCAUGCUGAAAUGCUCAGCAGACAAGUUGGUGCUGCUUUAGAGCCAAGUAGUCCUAGCAACGAUAUUGACCUCAGUACGAAGCAAAUUGCAAAUAUAAACGACGUUUGCGCGAGUAUGAGACAACAACUUUUGAAUUUGGUGGACUGGGCCAAAUACAUUCCGGCAUUCCUCGAGUUAACGUUGGACGAUCAAGUGGCUUUAUUAAGGGCGCACGCCGGAGAACAUCUUCUACUUGGAGUGGCCAGGCGCAGUAUGCACCUUAAAGAUGUACUUUUACUCGGAAAUAAUUGUAUAAUCACGAAAAAUUGUCCUGUAAUAUCGUUUUCCGCAGAGGGAAGAAAUCAAGACCUCGACAUAAGUAAAGUUGGAAUAAGAGUUAUGGAGGAGUUGGUUAAGCCAUUCAAUGAGGUGCAAAUUGACGACACGGAAUUCGCUUGUCUCAAAGCCAUCGUGUUCUUCGAUCCGAAUGCAAAAGGUUUGAGCGAUUCCGGACGAAUAAAACAUCUACGUUAUCAGGUGCAAAUUAAUUUGGAGGAUUACAUCAGUGAUCGUCAGUACGACAGUCGGGGUAGAUUUGGAGAGAUUUUACUGACGCUGCCGGCUCUGCAGUCGAUCUCAUGGCAAAUGAUUGAGCAAAUACAAUUUGUGAGGCUCUUUGGAGUGGCUCAGAUUGAUGUUUUGCUUCAGGAGAUGUUAUUGGGAGGUGCGACCACAGAGAUCAACGGCUCGACGACGCCGAUACCUAUUCCAAAUGCGCCGGGAAGUUACGUAAGCAGUAAUGAGAGUCCUAGCAGUCCUCUCACUCCCGCUAAUACUGCUCCACUCAGUCCUCAGGAUCAUAUGCUAGCUGCCGGAAGUCCGGCGAUGAUUCUCAGGGACCUAACACCAAUCUCAUCACAAGACGACGCAAGUUCUGUCGUGAAUUUUCGACUCUUCAAAGAGGAACCAUCUCUAAAAACCGAAUCGACAUUUUGACUAGACGGUGAGUCACUAAUAGUCUUCGAGGAUGGUCGAUCUGUCGAUUCCACCGAGUUCGAAAGAAGAUUUAGACUAAAUUUAAUCGAUGGUUCAAUAUAGACAAAAAAUAAUUUUAUGACUAAAUAUACAGUAAAA